AUGGUUGCACACUACCUCCUGCAAGGAGAUCACUCCGAGACAGAUGUUGUGCUAAUGCCAGGAAGAGGAUGGGAGAGGAAAGGGGAGGCAGAGAUCCGAGCUCAACUCAUCGAGCAGCAGAAAUGCCUGGAGCAGCAGACUGAAAUGAGAGUGCAGCUUCUUCAGGAUCUGCAGGAUUUCUUCCGCAAGAAGUCAGAAAUAGAGAUGGAGUAUUCCAGAAACUUGGAAAAAUUGGCGGAGAGGUUCAUGGCAAAAACAAGAAGUACAAAGGACCAUCAGCAGUACAAGAAAGACCAGAACCUCUUGUCACCAGUGAAUUGCUGGUACUUACUCCUGAACCAAGUGAGAAGAGAAAGCAAAGACCAUGCGACGUUGAGUGAUAUCUACCUGAACAACGUGAUCAUGCGGUUCAUGCAGAUAAGUGAAGACUCCACCAGAAUGUUCAAGAAGAGCAAAGAGAUUGCGUUUCAGCUUCACGAAGACUUAAUGAAAGUUCUUAAUGAGCUUUACACAGUCAUGAAAACAUACCACAUGUAUCACGCAGAGAGCAUCAGUGCAGAAAGCAAACUGAAGGAGGCAGAGAAGCAAGAAGAAAAACAGAUUGGGAGGUCAGGAGACCCUGUUUUUCAUAUUCGACUCGAAGAAAGGCACCAGAGACGAAGCUCUGUGAAAAAGAUUGAAAAAAUGAAGGAAAAACGUCAAGCAAAGUAUUCUGAAAACAAGCUGAAAUCUAUCAAGGCCCGUAAUGAAUACCUGCUCACCCUUGAAGCAACCAAUGCUUCUGUUUUCAAGUAUUAUAUUCAUGACCUUUCGGAUUUAAUUGACUGUUGUGAUCUUGGAUACCACGCUAGCCUGAACAGAGCCCUUAGAACAUACCUUUCUGCAGAGUAUAACCUUGAAACUUCCAGGCAUGAGGGCUUAGACAUCAUUGAAAAUGCAGUUGACAGCUUGGAGCCACGAAGUGACAAGCAGAGAUUCAUGGAAAUGUACCCCACCGCUUUUUGUCCACCAAUGAAAUUUGAGUUCCAGUCUCAUAUGGGUGAUGAGGUUUGCCAGGUCACUGCCCAGCAACCUGUGCAAGCAGAGCUUAUGCUUAGGUAUCAGCAACUGCAGUCACGAUUGGCCACACUCAAAAUCGAAAAUGAGGAGGUUAAGAAAACAACAGAGGCUACCCUGCAGACAAUACAAGAUAUGGUCACCAUUGAAGACUAUGAUGUGUCAGAGUGUUUCCAGCACAGUCGCUCAACGGAGUCCGUGAAGUCCACGGUCUCCGAGACAUACCUGAGUAAGCCUAGCAUUGCAAAAAGAAGAGCUAACCAGCAGGAAACAGAGCAAUUCUAUUUCAUGAAAUUCAGAGAAUAUCUGGAAGGUAGUAAUCUCAUCACAAAACUUCAAGCAAAACAUGACUUGCUGCAGAGGACGCUCGGAGAAGGUCACAGGGCUGAAUACAUGACAACAAGGCCUCCAAAUCUUCCCCCUAAGCCCCAGAAACACAGGAAGCCCAGACCCCGAUCACAGUAUAGUGCUAAGUUGUUUAAUGGUGAUUUGGAGUCAUUCAUCAAGGAUUCAGGACAAGUCAUUCCUCUCAUUGUGGAAAGCUGUAUCAGAUUUAUCAAUUUAUACGGUCUUCAGCAUCAGGGAAUUUUUAGAGUGUCUGGUUCCCAGGUGGAAGUCAAUGAUAUUAAAAAUUCAUUUGAGAGAGGUGAAAAUCCUUUGGCAGAUGACCAAAGUAACCAUGACAUUAACUCAGUUGCUGGAGUACUGAAGCUCUAUUUCCGAGGGCUGGAAAAUCCCGUCUUUCCUAAGGAAAGAUUUAAUGAUCUUAUUUCUUGUAUCAGAAUAGACAAUCUCUAUGAGAGGGCUCUUCACAUCCGCAAACUCCUCCUUACUUUGCCCAGGUCGGUCCUUAUAGUGAUGAGAUACCUCUUCGCCUUCCUCAACCACCUUUCACAGUACAGUGAUGAAAACAUGAUGGAUCCCUACAACCUGGCUAUUUGUUUUGGGCCAACCCUGAUGCCUGUUCCAGACAUACAAGACCAGGUGUCUUGUCAGGCACACGUGAAUGAGAUAAUCAAAACUAUCAUCAUCCAUCAUGAGGCUAUUUUUCCAGAUGCUAAAGAACUUGAUGGCCCAGUGUAUGAAAAAUGCAUGGCUGGAGAUGACUACUGUGACAGCCCCUACAGCGAACAUGGUACAUUAGAGGAAGUGGACCAGGAUGCCAGUACAGAGCCCCACACCAGUGAAGAUGAAUGCGAGCCCAUAGAAGCUAUAGCCAAGUUUGACUACGUUGGAAGAUCUGCACGAGAACUCUCUUUCAAGAAAGGAGCUUCCCUUCUGCUCUAUCACCGAGCAUCUGAAGACUGGUGGGAAGGGAGGCACAACGGAAUCGAUGGCCUUGUCCCUCACCAGUACAUAGUGGUGCAGGAUAUGGAUGAUACUUUCUCAGAUACACUGAGCCAAAAAGCAGACAGUGAGGCCAGCAGCGGACCCAUAACUGAGGACAAGUCGUCAUCAAAGGACAUGAACUCUCCCACUGACCGUCACUCUGACAUGUACUUAGGAAGGCAAAGAAAGAGGUCAGAACCUCCACCUCCUCUGAGACGCCCCGGCAGGAGCAGUGAUGGUCACUGCCCAGUACACCCACCUCACCCUCUCUCCAACUCGUCCAUGGAGCUGGGUUCCCCCAACCUGGCAACUCACUGCAGCCCCAGAGCCCUCCUUCAAAAUCGCAACCUCAAUGCUGACAGCCCGGAAAGGAGGCGCAGACCUGGGCACGGCAGUCUCACUAACAUCAGUAGGCACGACUCUCUGAAGAAGAUCGAUAGCCCUCCCAUUAGAAGAUCUACAUCAUCUGGUCAGUACACGGGUUUCAAUGACCAUAAGCCACUGGACCCAGAAUCAAUAGCUCAGGACAUCGAGGAGACGAUGAACACGGCGCUGAACGAGCUCCGCGAGCUGGAGCGGCAGAGCUCGGCCAAGCACGCCCCCGAUGUCGUCUUGGACACCUUGGAACAAAUGAAAAACACCCCCACCCCUGCCACCUCCACCGAGUCGCUCAGCCCUCUCCACAGCGUGGUUUUAAGGAGCUCCGAGCCUCAGAUCCGCCGUAGCACUAGUUCUUCCAGUGACACCAUGAGUACUUUCAAGCCCAUGGUGGCCCCUAGAAUGGGAGUGCAGCUGAAACCUCCCGCUCUUAGGCCAAAACCUAUUGUUCUUCCAAAAACAAACCCGAGCAUCGGGCCUUCCCCGCCUUCCCAGGGUCCAGCUGACAAAUCUUGCACAAUGUAGACAGCUCAGCCACCCACGGUGCCCGGCUGGGGUACGCCAGGGGAAGGGAUGGAUUAACGAUAGAAGUCAGGGCUCCAUAACACCCUUUGUUCAUGUUUGUAACUGGAGAGGAGGCUUUGUUUUUUCAGUGUUUUUGAAUGUAUUGUCUGAAAGUAGCGACAUUAACAUGGGCAUUUGUAUUUUGUAUGGUUUCAAUUAAAAGAAAAACUGGACAGUUGUGCAUCCUUUUAAAAAACAAACAUAGACUUACUUGAAAACUUGAUGCUGCACCAUUUGUAAUAAAACCAACACAGAUCACAAACAGCUUGCCACGUCGUACCAUACUUCACAGUCUUACUGUAGCUAUACAAUAACAGAUCCCGCACAAAACUAAGGGGUGGGGGUGGGGGUCAGGGGAGGUGGGACCUCUUAUUUCUGGGUCACCAAACCAAAUCUCAAGCAGGUUAGUAAGAGCUGAAAUCUAGCAUGUGAGGAUUAAGUGUCUGUGUGGAAUGUCUAAGUCAUCUCAGGCCACAUUGCUUAAGACACACAAAAAAAAAAACCAACCAACCACCAAACCCUCACAACUCUCACAGUUGGCACCGAGUUUUUGCUUUCUUGUCGGCAGUCUCACAAGAGACAAGCGCCGGACGGAUCUGGAGAUCACAUGGCUCUCACCAAUAAAAAGCAGCAUUCCAGGUCACAGCUAAAGCACAUCUCCAGAAACUCCUUUUGCUGUCCUCUGUAACAGUGUACCUUUUCCCGUGAAGCUAGACCUUCAUUCCCUGAUAUCGCAUUUUUCACAAAAGCUAAAUCCAUUUAAAAUUCAUCGUUGAGUGAGCCAGGCUCUGGGGAGUGCCUGAACCUGUUAGUCCAUUAGGCCGGCUGACAGGUGAUUAAAAGGAUCAACUACACAGUAAUUCAGCAAAGUAUCCCUUUGACUUUAUUGCCCCGUGUCCAAUUAAAGACACGAUUUUAGUGUCCGCCCUGACCCGGCUCCGUCGCCCCCUCAGCGAUGCUGAGGGCAGCAGGACAGGGACUGUGACGAGGGACCAGCCAGGCAGGGGUCUCCUGCAGGACAGGCAGACGAGUUCCUGCCGCCGGGAUUCAAGCUGACUAAAAGUUUUCCAUAACCACUUUUUCCACCCCCUCGCUCCCCUUCCCCUUUUUCCGUUAGAUGCCAGAAAUCGGCACUUCCUCACGUCCCUGCGAGUGACGCCUGUCGCCUUGGCUUAGCGCUCUCUGCGGCGUGAACUAAAUGUACAGCUGCUUUGCACAUCCCAACAGUAAGCCAUAAUAGUAUUUCUGUCAAUAUGUUUUCCGACAUCCCAUCAAUACAAUAAGUUUCAGUGAAGAAGACCAGGGGGUGGGUGGGGGGAAUAAAUCCAUUGUGGUCCACCUAGAGGGGUACAAGGAUUGAAGUAAUAUCUGUCUUUCCACAUGUUAUUUUUAAAAGCUGACUUGGAAAGCUUGAGGUUGUACCACUCGCUACACAGAAACAACUGAGUUUGGGAGGGGAAGAGAAGUGAGGGAACUGAUAGACAAAUCUACUGAGGCGACAGGAGUAAUUUUUUGUUGAUAUUGGGAAGCAACUUGCUCCUGCUCUGGUUUACACCCCAUGGGUAGGUGACGCCAGGCCCCGGGUGUGAGAAGCACCCCAUGAACCGCCUCUGAGAGUCAAAGAGCUCCUGGCGUUGGCAAACCCAUCUCAAUCCAGCCACGGCCUUCACCCCCAUCUGGGUUAGAGGCAAAGUCUUAAUCCCCCCCCGGCCGGCGGCGCAGCGACCCCCGGGCCCUCCUGCCAGCCUGGCCCCAGCUGCAGGCCGGUGCUGGGCCAUAGGGGCUGCUCGCCUGGUCGGGACCAGAGAUGUUUCCAAGCAGUAGUUUCCCUCCUCCCCCAGUUUAGUAGAAUCAGCGGAACAAACUGGAAUUUCAGCUUUCAUUUCCGUGCAGUUUUAGUCUAGCGUUUUUAAAUGAACCCACCCGGCAUAACUGAGAUGGAUACCUGUAUCUUUAAAUUGCAUAGGGAAUUUUGUAUGUUUAAAUAACUGUACUGGACUCCAUAAUGCUUAUAUUAGAAAUUGUUUAGCAAAAGAAAAUAUUAGAAACAGUUGCAUUUAGUGAAUGCAUCCACUUAGUGCAUUCACGCAGUUAAAUGUGUAGUUUGAUGGUUAUUAUAGAUACUUAAAAGUAUAGUAAGUGGAUAUGUAACAGGAAAGACUGCUACAACUACAGACGUACUAAAGGGUAACUCCUGCACACCUAAUCCAAUCAGUAUUGUCCUUUACUGUCAAGUUUGAUAAAUUGCAGUACUGGUAGCUUCCUGCUUGUUGACUGUUACCUAAUUGUGUCAAUGUACAUCUGUAGUAUGUACAUGUGAAAGUGCCUUUAAAUUUUAGAGGAGCUUUAGCCUUGCUCUUGUACUGUUGCAUUUCCAUUGCAUCCUUCCCUGUUUGUGUAUGGCUGCAUUCCCAUCGCAUUCCUUCCACUCUCAAAGAACAAAUAAAAACAUGGAAAUUUCACGGUUCUGGAAGAGAAAUGUACUGUUAAUCUGUUGUGACAAUGCACUUUUAUGUAUAGUACUGUACAUUUUUGGCAUGUACCAUUACAAGCUUCAGUAUACAUUCAGGUUUGUUCCUCAUAGUGUAUCUUUAUAAUAAAGAAGAUAGUUCUGUCUG